AUGGAAGAGGUCGAUCAUGAAAACCAAAACAACAACAACGAUCCUGAAGGAAAUCCCCUACAACUGAAAAUGCUAACUACGUUGAACAAAAGAAAACACCAACCGGGCCACCGAUUCGCUCCAACGAACGAGGAAUUAGUAGUCUAUUUCCUUAAGAGGAAAGUAAAGGGAAAGAAUCUUCGUGGUAAUGAAGUUGCCACUGUUGACGUGUACAAGCACGCACCAUGGGACCUUCCUAGCAUGGCAGUAAACAACCCGAAUGCCAAAAGGGACAAGCGCGUAACACCAUGGGGAAAUUGGAAGAAAACGGGGACGGAUAGGAUAAUUGUUAUAGGUAGCCAUAGAGCUAACGUAGGAAAAGCUGCAACUUUGGUCUUUUACGCAAGGAGGGGAAGAACUUCCGAAAGGACAGAUUGGGUGAUGCACGAGUACAAGCUACGAGAUGAAAGAUUGCAUCAACGAAAUAUACAACAAGACUCUUACGUACUCUGCAAGCUUUAUAAAAAAAGUGGAUUCGGGCCAAAAACUGCAGAUAAAUACGGUGCACCAUUUAUAGAGGAAGAAUGGGAUACGGACACGGACGAGGAUAUCAAGGAACAGGAAGAUAACGACAACUUCGCAAUACUGGCGAAGAGCUACUGCAUGUAUUCAGGGCAGUAA